CAGAGUGAGUGCCCUCAUUUCCUAAACCAUCUCCGUGUUAGCUAAACAGCACGACCUAGGUGACACUUGUGUUAAAGAUGGUGAGAGCUUCAUUUUGCGGCUACUUAUUUAAAUGACAGUGAAAUAAACAAGCUUGAGGAAGUCUGUGAAGAUGCCAGCCGGUGUGUCUUGGCCAAGGUACCUGAGGAUGUUUGGAUCAAGUGUACUGGCCAUGUUUGCAGGAGCACAGGUCGUCCAUCAGUACUACCUACCUGAUCUGAGUAUACCAGAGAUCCCACCAAAGCCUGGGGAGCUUCAGACAGAACUGCUGGGUUACAAAGUCAAAGAAGAAGCGGCUGCUGCACUACAGCAGCUUAAAGCAGAACAAAAGGUGGACUGAUGUGGAAUUAUACAACCUCCGUGCGAUGGACACUCAAUCGAGCAGACCGUGUCCAGUCUUUGCUCACUGCUAGAGGCUGAAACGUGCCUGGGAGUAGAGUCAUUUCUGGGACAUCUGCAAAUGGAUAUCUUAUGUGUUUGUUUUUUUUUCCCAAUGGAACAAACAGAAGUGGAGUCAAAUGCUUAAGGAUGGUUAAGGAUCUUAUCUGGAACACGAUUGUUUUGUUUAUACAACUAGUUGUAUCCAUCUGUUGUUAAUACACCUCUUCAUCCUUUUUGAAUGUGUUUGCAUUUUUAGAAGGAGUGAUGAAAUAUAUAAGAGUAAAAGAAAACUUUAUGAACACACAGCAACUUUGCUAAAGUCAAUAAGUAGUUGAUGGUUUCGACCAAGCAGACAAAAUGUAUUUUAAAUAAAAAUAAACUAAAAGUUUAGCAGUAUUUUUUGGUAAAUAUUCUAUACAGAAAUAUUCACAAAACCUUCUAAAUUAAUCUUCAACAAUUUUGAUAGUUACCAAUCUGGUGAAACCUUUAUAAGAAAUAUUCAAGCAUUUGAUGUUUGUAUACUGGUUAUAAAUACUAAACUGGGGGACGUAAAGUGUUCCCGUUAAUAUUUAAAAUAAUUUAUCAAGCAAAAAUGUUCUUUGUUUGCAGCCUUUAAAAUGGGGGAGAUUUGAUGCUUUUUUUUCUGUAUUUUGUCAUUGCAAUUUAAAUAUCUUUGGGUUUUGGACUGUUGGUCAGACAAAAGAAGACACAUGAAGACAUGACCUUUGCAAGGCUGAGUUAUGAAUUGGGCAAAGCGGGCUACUGCCCAGGGUCCACAAAAGCCCCAGGUUCCCUCCAUAUUAUUUCUGUCUACAUAAUUUGAUUAAUUAAAAAUUUGUCAGAAAUUCACACCACCGAAGUACAAUAUCACCUGUGACGGGUCCUCCAUCCCCAAUCUUGUAGUCACACUCUGUCAGAAUCUAUUAAGAACUAAGUUGUUUUAAUUUUUAUUGUGGUCGUUUUUUAUAAAGUUUCAUCAAGCGCCAAGUCAAUAACACAAAGAAAACUUAAGGCUAAUUAUUAUUAUUCCAUCAUAAGAGAACUGUAAGACUGCAACCAUUUCAUUUUCAUCAUGCACAAGUCUGACAAUUAUUUUCUUUAAUAGUUGAUUUUUUUCCAGUGUAUAAAUUGUCAAAAAUAGUGAAAAGGGCUCAUGAAUACUCUCUGAGGCCCAAGUUAACAUGUACAAAUUGCUUUUUUUGUCCGACCAACAGUAAAAGAAAAAAAAAACACAGAUGUUGAGCUUCCUAUCAUAGAAAACUGGGACAUACUCACCUUUGAGGAGCUUGAGCGCUAACCUCUGUUCCACGAGCUUCAGUAACUCUCACGUAGCGUUUCUUUUACCAG